GGCACCCUUCGGCGAGCGCUGUUUGUUUAGAGCUCGGUGAGUCCAAUCAGGAGCGCAGGCUGCAGUUUUCCGGCAGAGCAGUAAGAGGCGCCUCCUCUCUCCUUUUUAUUCACCAGCAGCGCGGUGCAGACCCCGGACUCGCGCUCGCCUGUCGGCGCCCACGGCCUCUCUCCGCGUUCGGGAGCACCCUCCACCGCGGCCGUUCUCCAUGCGCAGCUCCCACCCGAGGAGCUAGAAAUAAGCUUGCAGCGGCGCCGGACCGUGGAUGGCCUUGACUGACGGCGGCUGGUGCCUGCCGAAGCGCUUGGGGGCCUCGGCUACGGACGCCAGCGACUCCGGAGCCUUUCCAGUGCGGGAGCCCUCCACGCCGCCUUCCCCCAUCUCCUCCUCUUCCUCCUCCUGCUGCUCCCGGGGUGGAGAGCGCGGCCCCGGCGGCGCCAGCAACUGCAGGACGCCGCACCUCGACACGGAGGCGGCGGCGGGACCUCCGACCCGGUCGCUGCUGCUCGGCCCCUACGCCUCGCAUCCCUUCGGGGCUCCCCACGGACCUUCGGCGCCCGGGGUCGCUGGCCCCGGGAGCGCCCUGUCGAGCUGGGAGGAUCUACUGCUCUUCACUGACCUCGAUCAGGCCGCGACCGCCAGUAAGCUGCUGUGGUCCAGCCGCGGCGCCAAGCUGAGUCCCUUCGCACCCGAGCAGCCGGAGGAGAUGUACCAGACCCUCGCCGCCCUCUCCAGCCAGGGGCCGGCCGCUUACGACGGCGCGCCCGGCGGCUUCGUGCACUCGGCGGCCGCCGCGGCAGCGGCGGCGGCGGCGGCCAGCUCCCCAGUCUACGUACCCACCACCCGCGUGGGUUCCAUGCUGCCUGGCCUGCCGUACCUGCAGGGGGCGGGCAGCGGGCCCACCAACCACGCGGGCGGCGCGGGCGCACACCCCGGCUGGCCCCAGGCCUCGGCCGACAGCCCUCCGUAUGGCAGCGGAGGCGGCGCGGGGGGCGGCGGGGCCGCUGGGCCAGGCAGCGCCGGCUCGGCCGCGGCGCACGUCUCGGCACGCUUCCCCUACUCGUCCAGCCCGCCCAUGGCCAACGGCGCGGCGCGGGACCCUGGGGGCUACGCAGCGGCCGGCGGCGGGGGCACGGGCGGUGUUAGCGGUGGCGGCGGCAGCCUGGCGGCCAUGGGCGGCCGAGAGCACCAGUACAGCUCGCUGUCCGCCGCGCGACCUCUGAACGGGACGUACCACCACCAUCACCACCACCACCCGAGUCCCUACUCGCCCUACGUGGGUGCGCCGCUGACCCCCGCCUGGCCCGCUGGACCCUUCGAGACCCCGGUGCUCCACAGCCUGCAGAGCCGCGCGGGAGCCCCGCUCCCGGUGCCUCGAGGCCCCAGCGCAGACCUGCUGGACGACCUGCCCGAGAGUCGCGAGUGCGUGAACUGCGGCUCCAUCCAGACGCCGCUCUGGCGGCGGGACGGCACCGGCCACUACUUGUGCAACGCCUGCGGCCUCUACAGCAAGAUGAACGGCCUCAGCCGGCCCCUCAUCAAGCCGCAGAAGCGCGUGCCUUCUUCUCGGCGGCUUGGACUGUCCUGUGCCAACUGUCACACCACAACCACCACUUUGUGGCGUAGAAAUGCUGAGGGGGAACCUGUGUGCAAUGCUUGUGGACUCUACAUGAAACUCCAUGGGGUGCCUCGACCUCUUGCUAUGAAAAAAGAGGGAAUUCAAACCAGGAAACGAAAACCUAAGAACAUAAAUAAGUCAAAGGCUUGCUCUGGUAAUAACAAUAAUUCCGUUCCUAUGACUCCAUCUUCCACCUCUUCUAACUCAGAUGAUUGCAGCAAAAAUACUUCCCCUACAACACAACCGACAGCCUCAGGGGCGGGUGCCCCGGUGAUGUCUGGCACGGGAGAAAGCACGAACCCCGAGAACAGCGAGCUCAAGUACUCAGGUCAAGAUGGGCUGUACAUAGGCGUCAGCCUGGCCUCGCCGGCCGAAGUCACAUCCUCCUCGGUGAGACAGGAUUCCUGGUGCGCGCUGGCCCUGGCCUGA